UGGGAAACACGUUAAGAGGCAGCACAAAGAACAAACUUUUCUCUCUUGGCUGCUUUGUGUUGGACUUCACAUUUCAUCACUAACUCCAGUGUUGACAGAGUGAAGGCACAGGAUGAUCAUUUAUUUGCUUUCCUAGCUAAAGCAUUGUUUCUCGUUUUGUGAUCAACAGAGAAUUUGUUUUGUCGUUCUUUGCAUUUUUAUUUGAUUAUUUCUUCACUGUGUGAGCUUUGAAGAAGGCGCGACCUCAAACCCGAAAUCCUUCCAAACUUACCCGCAGCUCUCUCUAGAUUGUGGGACUGUGUGUGAAGCCAGCCUGUCAUACACACACACACAUAUACGCACACACCUGUUGUUGCUGAGGAUUUCCCGGGAGUGCAGCCAUGGGCAUCUGCGUCACUAUUGACUGAGGGAAUCUGUGCAUCUAUGCAGCUGCUAUCUGGUGGCAGCCUCGGCGAAUGUUACAGUAGAAGCUGACCUGCCUGUUCAGGUUAGAGGAGGGAGAUGUCAUCCUACUACUCACGCACCAAGGACCUGACUCGCACCAGGAAGUCACUGUCAGAUUCACCGCCGUCCUCUCCGUCUCCUACAGACAAAAACUACAGACAUGACAGGCUGUCAAGAUAUGACUCCACUGGAGAGAAUGCAGCAGACAAACCUCUGGGUCGCACCAGCUCUUAUACACGGAGAGAGACAAGGAUGCCCACGCUGAACAGACAAGAACAAGACUCCACUACCAAAGACUAUAAAAAGAUGUAUACAGAAGCUUUGCAUGAAAAUGAGAGGCUAAAGUCCAGGUUGCACGACAGCAAACAAGAACUGGCUAAGAUACGUUCCCAGCUGGAGAAAGUCACUCAGAGGCAAGACAGGAUGUCAGAGAGGUCCUCAGUACUAGAAUCAGAGAAGAGGGAAAAACAAGCUCUUGAGAAAAGAGUGUCAGACAUGGAGGAGGAGAUAAAGAUCUUAACAGAGCUCAAGUCAGACAACCAGAGGCUAAAGGAUGAGAACGGGGCACUCAUUCGAGUCAUCAGCAAACUGUCCAAAUGAAAAGAUGAGGAAGCUGGAGCUCCUGCUCUGUUUCUGUGGAUGCCCCAACCUUGAUACAGCAGUUUAAUUAUUCAUGAUGUACUCAGUUGUGAUGAUGGGCUGUUUUGGCUGUGCUGCAAAAAUGAAUUCCCCCCUGGGCUUAUGGAGAUGUAAAGAGAAGAACUUCCAAACAUUUCACAGUGUGUGAUGCAGUUAUAAUAUUAGUUUCUACUUCACUAGUUAUUGUUAUUGUGCAAAAUACAGUAUUUCACAUCAACUAAAUAGGGACCAUUUGUAUUUUAUUUCAAGGCCCAGUUCAAACAAAUCAAGAGGUUUGCAUGAAAAUACUCUACCUAAUAUUAUAUACCCAUGAAUCGUAUUAAGACAUCAAGUAUUUUGAUGUAAACCCAAAAUAUUCCUUUCCAUAAAUCAAUCAGUGACCUCACAGAAACAGCAGCCAUGUUUUCCUACAGUUUUCUAAAGCAGCAUAUGGUCCAGUGUAUCAGGGCCCUAAGAUACACUCAGUACAUUGCAUUAAAACACCAAAACAUUUCUUCAUAUCAUUUUUGUGACAUUUUAGUCCAUAACAUUUUGAAUGUGACUUUAUACUUAUCUGCUAAUUAUUAGCUGUUUACCUGACAUCUAAUAGUUACCCAAUUGUAUUUGGCUAUUUAAGGGGACUGUACUUUAGUCCUGAAAGACACUGGGUAUAUGCACUUUGUUCAGAAAGGGUGGUGUGAUCUUUAAACACUUGGGUAUCACUAGCUACACUGUAUUGCCUUUAGAUUGGUUCCAUAAUGUAAAUUAAUAUUUUCCAGAUUGUGUUCAUCAGUUAUUUGUGCUUUCAAUAGCCAUGCUUCCUUUUUGCGUUUUGGUUACACAGAAGAGACAAUGAGUGUGUGUGGGGGGGGGAAAAAAUGCACUAUAUUAUAAUUUGUAAUAGAAAUAUAUUUAUUUAUUUAUGGAUUUCUUUUAAUCUUUAUACAUCAUUUACUCAUUUUUCUUUUCACUGAAUACACCAGUUAUUUUGAUGUGUUACCCAUCUUUAAGUGAUGACAACACAAGUACCAAAAUCAUCCAGCGUUCCAUGAACUGUAUAUCACAGCAUCCACAAUAAUGUGUGACAUUAAGAGUCAAGCAGGAUCUGAAAUUUUAAGAAUAAACUGUUGCUACAACUUUUUAAUAUAGUGUGGGUUGCCUGAAUUUUAACACAAGUGUGCUGUGCAUAUGCUAUUGUGACAAAAAAUAAAUUAUUCUCUAGAUACACUGAGUUAAUAGUUUUGUUUUAUUUCCAAUUUCUAUAAAGCUGAUCAGUUUCUGGUCAUAUGAUGCCUUAUUUACUGGUGCUACUGUGUUGUAUUGCAUUACAUUUAAAUGUUGGUCACUGUUUGAGGUUCACAAAAUAUUUGAAACAUUAAAAAUGUUCAUAAAUUAGUAUAUUUAAAAUCAUGAAAGAGGCUACUGUUUUGUUGUUGGUCCUUACGGAGCAAUGUCACAGUGCCAUCACCUUCAUUUUAUUCUAAAAGAUUAGAGGGAAGGCAGAUGAAGUAAUCCGUAGGUCAAAACAGUGUGUUAUUUACUUACCAUAAAAUAUUUAAUGAAUAAAACUCCUAGACUUGACUUCAUGUUUAGAAUUCCUUUAGCUGCAGAGCUGCCGUCAGUGUCAGAGACAUGAAUGAUUUUGGUGUCUGUCUUCUCUUCACUUAGAGGAUGAGUUGACCAAAGUCCCCAGUGAUGGCUUUGGAGUCCAACCAGGGGCAGUGUACUGCAACACCAGCGUUAUCUUUGAUUGAAUCAAAACUACAAACAGUACAGUAUACAGUAUGUCUGCUAUUUCUACAUGUGCUGUAGACAUAUUGAACUAUACAGAAUAUCGUAUUGAAAUGUGCUGAUGAGAGCUGAAUGUGCACAUGUUGGUUCACUUACUGCUUAAUAAACCGUAAAGUGCUUGGAAAUGUUUCUCUGUGUUACAUUAAUAUAUAAUGCAUUAGAAGCAGAGAGAUUAUUAGGAGCCAGCUGAGUCAAACACUGCAUAUUAAACACAAAUAGGUCAUGGUAAUUAAAAGGCCUUUAUUUCCUAUUUGUUUUUUACAGAACUGGUAACACAUAUGAUAAAUUUGUAGUAAGUUAUUUGGUUCCCUUUAUAACUUCAUAAGGAUCCUCGACAUUUGUCCACAUAAGGGUGAAGAGGAGUUUGUGAGCAACAUUUGUGUCCAGUCAAGGGCUAAAGCAUGCGAUCCACAGUAGGCACAAGUACUGACAUGAACACGCGCACCACGACACUAGACACGAAGAAACACAGCUAGAGGACACAACCUGGCUGUCCUCCGAUGCUUAAAAGAUGACAAGAAAGAGGUGAAAAAUAAAAAUAUAAGUCUUGAGCGUUGCAUCAGGGAUGACAGGUGGAGCACUAAGCGCUGAACAGAGGCAUUUGGUAUGGUCCUGCAUGUUUGCCAGUAUACAGUAAGUUGUAAACAUGAAGGCCGGCAUAUUUUACAGACAGAAAGAAGAUUCACCGGAGAACUCAAUGAGCCUGCUUCCUAUUCAGGACAAUGAUACUGAUGAUACAUAGCUGGUUACACAUAAACAAGACAAAGACAAACAAAGAGCAAAUGUGACAGAGCACGGGGACACAUCUCUGGCACUGACUCAAGCACAGUCCUACAUUCUAUAUCAGUUUAUAUCAUGAAAACAUAAGAGACAGAAGGAGUGAUUACACAUAUGCACAACAAUACAAAGGAGAAAUACAGCAGAUAAUAGAGAUGACAAGAAAACAUUUUUGAAAGUGAUGUGUUUACCCACUGAGAGGCUUCUCAACACAUUUUGACAAGGUGGUAAAUGAGUUAGUGAAGUUUGAAUGGUUUCCCUUUUUCAGUCCCUGCUUUCUGUUAAAAAAAACCUCGAUUAGCUGUGUGAACAGUGCUCUAACAGUCUAUGCACAGCCAAAACAGCACACAGCUCCAGAUGCAGUUGUGCAUAAUGUAUUUUACAUCUACACAGCUAUCAACAGAACACAUUCCCCAUAUUCCCAUAUUCCCAAUCCCCAUAUUCAAAAGAUAAUUAAUAUUGUUAGCGCAUCACAGUCAUACACAAAUAUUUACAUUCAGCAAGUAACAUGUCCCAUCAUGCAGACCUGUACUGUAUAUUGUAAUCAUAUAUUCCAGUGCUGUGUUUUUGCAUCAUGUCUGCUAAAGGACCUACACCUGAUCAGUAUAUCCCACACACACACACACAUACACACACACUUCCCAAUCUCUGUCCCCCAUAGAACUUAAAUGCCCAGUGGUCAUGUGACAGCGGUGACCCAAGUGAUGAAAGGAAAGAAAAUCAAAAAUAAAUGUUUUAAGUGUGCUAUAAAUUUACCUGUAAUUACAUUGCCUCGUCCUGUGUCAUUGAAGUGCUCUGUUUGCCUCUGCGUUACUUGUCAUUUUGCCUCUACAGUGCUGAAGAAUGCAGGCAAGUGUAAUCAGGAACUGGCAGUAUUUUUCAAACACACUGAAAUCUCAUAUUCAAUUACUCUCAGUGCAUCAUUUGGUCACAGUCGGUAGCAUUUAUGGGAGAGUGAAUUAAUAUAACAUUGCAUUAGAAAAAUGUGCAGUCACACACAACAUACUGGAGAUUGUUGCCAGGAUAAACAGACGGCAGUUUAGCAUUUACAUUAGAGGAGAUUUAGCAACUGAUUAAACUUAAAGGAACAGUUUGAAAUUUUGGAAAACGUAUCCACAUUCUCACCGAGUUAGGAGAGAAGACUGAUCCCACUCUCUUGAAAGUCAGGUAAGUAUGAAGCUGGAGUGAGAGUGGUAUCUAUCUAUAUAUCUAUCCAUAUAUCUGCAUAGUUCUAUGGGAGGGGAUGGGAGGGCCACUGUUUGAAGUUUCUCUCGUUCUCUUUAGUAUUGUUGGAGUUCAAACUAUAUUGUUUUUCUGCUUGAGUAAAACUAUUGGUGCAAGCAUUAGAUCAUCAGCAGUGUGUCUCUGACAUGUAGUGAACAAUAUACAGUAUUUUGCUGCUAAACUGAAAGAAGAGAAACUCGAAGAGUGACCCAGUUUGGCUCCAAAAUUGCACUCAGCCCAACAAUAGAACACAUUCCUCUAUGGAAAUUAAGCAGAUUAUUAUUAAUCUAUUGUGAUAUUAUUUGUAUUAUUUGUAAAACAUUACUAAUCACAAUACUGUAAAAUCAGCUACCUCUAUGAAACAAGAACAUCAACAGCUCUGAAAAUAGAAAAAGACACACUCACUCUACUAAACUCACAACUGUUCUCAAUGUUCUCAAUAUAUAAAGUAAAUAAAGUGAAUUUCACCCUCUCGAGGACCAAAGAUCUCUGGAUGGAAUGUAAAAGAGAAACACUGGCCAAAGAAAAUGAAGACUCAGCUGAGCUCUAAAGAGUUAGUGCUUGAGUUUAUGGCUUUAGUUUUAUCUUAUUCAUUUAUCUUGUAGGCAUACAUGUAUACACAUGUUGUACUGUAUAAUAAACACAGUAAAAGAGACAUAUUGGUGAAGCGUUUCAGGUCAUUUAAACAGAUGUGAAAAAUAAAAGUUUGCAAGUAAAGAAAGAAAAAAUUAAGGAUCCCAAGUCAUUUGUGUUCACUGGAAUGGGAUUAUUCAUCUUUCAGCCUCUGGAAAUGCAUUUUAUGAUCCAGCAGACUCCAUCUAACAGACCUCAACAGAAGAUAUAAGUAAAAUAUUGGCCUUCAGAUAAGUGUUGUAGCAGAAAAUAUGGCAGGUAAGUGAUAUCAAAGAAAACUUUUGAUCACAGGGAAUUAGACAGCAAGCAUGCGGCUACGUUUUCAUCCUAUAUGAACUCACACAGUACUGGACAACACACUUGCUUAAGAAUCUCAGGCGUGGAAAGGUUCUUAUUAGCAAUAGUACUCUAAUAAUUCUAUGACAUUCUCUCCAGUGACCCUAAUGGAAAAUAAAUACAUAUUUGUUUCAUUUAGAAAAUAUACAGUGCAUCUUUUUUCCCUUCAUUGUGUUAUUAAA